AUGGCAAAAGCACAGGCAUCAGCUGCGCUGCUCAUCGCCGUGGUGGCCCUCGCCACAAUGGAGGGCGCCCACGCCAUCUGCGGCAUGGCAAACGAGGACUUCAAGCUGUGCCAGCCCGCGGCAUCUGUGAAUGACCCAACAGACAGCCCAUCGGCGGAGUGCUGCGCUGCGCUGGGCAAGGCCGACCUUGGGUGCAUCUGCCGCUACAAGGGUGUCGCCGGCAUAUGGAUGAGGAUCUACCACAUCGACCCCAGCCGCGCUAUGGCGCUACCAGGCAAAUGCGGCCUUACAAUGCCCAGCAACUGCUCGUAA